UUUGAUGGGGAUUGGGGACCCAUUUUGUAUCGACUAUCAGAGAAUCUGAAUAUACAGAAUAAAUGAAAAUCAUUGGACAAUAACGAGGUUAUUGCCUAUUUCCAAUUUUCCAUAGUGGUAGUGUGCAACUACUCGAACCCAAUUCGUAGGAUUUGACACUCAUCGUGACCCAAGUUUCCAAGUGUCAAAAAAACCGAUCUUUUUAUCCUUUAUUGGGAUUCCAUUCCCCACAGUUGUAGUUGGACAGUGGACACCAUGAAGAGGAGGAGGAGAUCAUCACCACCGGAGCUACUUCCGCUUCAGGCAUUGACGCCGGUGAAAGAAGAAGACGACCCCAGAACAAAUUGGCAGUUGGUGAACGCUGCUUCUGCGCCCUUUGGACUCCCCGAUGGUUGGUGCGUUGAGGAAAUCCCCCGUCGCUUUAGCCGCUUCCGUCCCGCUCGAGUUGACAGGUAUUUCAUUGAGCCUGACACGGGACAGAAGUUUCGUUCACUAGUAGCUGUCCACAGAUAUCUAACAGGCGGACAAGUUGAUACACAUGCCACUAGGCAGGCAACAGUAACCACAUUGAAGAAAAAAGCUUGCAGUAACUGUAAUAUGAUGGGAAAUAUUCUCAUUGACAAUGUCAAUCUGCAGAUGCAAUUUAAACCACACACCAUGAGGUGUAGUUCUUCCUUUGUACUACCAGAUGGUUGGGAAAUUGAGGAAAAGCCACGAAAGAAUACUAAUACUGGUCACAGUGACAAGUAUUAUAUUGAGCCAGGAACUGGAAGGCGGUUCCGUUCUUUAGUAGCUGUUGAGAAAUACCUAACAGAAGAAAAUGAACACACUCCACUUCAGGCAUUGAUACCUGCCAAUAAGUUGAUUCUUUCGAGUGGAUCCAGCAGCCAGAAGAAAAAGAUUCGGUCCCUGAAAUUUGUUUCUAAGAAUUCAUCACAUUCAAACCCUGCAGAGCAUUUUAGUAGUCCCAAGAAAGAAAUACUCCCAGAAAUCAGUAGACCUUCGCAGCUCAAUAUUAGCAGCCCACCAACAAAAGUUAAAUGGGUCCUCGUUGGUCCUGGGGGGAAUAAUUGGAACCCCUUCAUGGAUGAUUCUAGAGUCGCCGAUUCUGUGAAGCAAAAGUGGUCUGAGAUUUUCAAAUCAUCCAUCUAUGAUGAAAACAUUAAGGCACCGUGUAGUGUCAGCACCCAAAUCAUGAACACACCCAAAUCAUCAUCGCCGGAGCCAAUUCCGCUGAUGACGGUGACUCCGGCGAAGGAAGAAGACCAACCCAGAAGCUCUAGGCAACUGCAAUUGGUCACUGCUUCGCGCUUUGGACUCCCAGAUGGUUGGUCUGUUGAGGAAAGGCCCCGUCGCUCCAGCCAAACAGUUGACAAGUAUUACAUUGAGCUUGACACGGGACUGAAAUUUCGUUCACUGGCAGCUGCCCGCAGAUACCUAACAGAUGGGCAAAUUGAUACACGUACCAGGAGAGAAAAAUCAGGCAGUCAAAGCACAAUGCAAUCCUUCAGGAGAAGUUCUUCCUUCACACUACCAGAUGGUUGGGAAAUUGAGGAAAGGCCGCGAAAGAAUACUAAUUCUAGUCAUAGUGACAAGUAUUAUAUUGAGCCAGGGAGUGGAAAGCGGUUUCGUUCUUUAAUAUCUGUUGAGAGAUACCUAACAGAAGAAAUUGAACACACUCCACUUCAGGAAUUGAUGCCUGCCAAUAAGUCCAAUCUUUCAAGUAGUUCUGGCAGUCAGAAGAAGAAAAUCCGGUCCCUGGAAUUAAUUUCUAAGCAUUCACCAUGUUCGAAUGAAUGUUAUAAUAGCACACUCGAUGCAAUGAGGCUCAAUACUUAUUCUACACCUGAAAAGCAUUCUAGUUCUCCGAAGAAAAGUAUUUCUGGGGAGACGAGUAGACCCUCAGAGCUCACUAAUGGCAGCCCACCAACAAAAGUUAAAUGGGUUCUCGCCGGUCCUGGGGGGAAUAUGUGGAACCCCUUCAUAGAUGACUCUAGGGUCGCUGAUUCUGUAAAGCAAAUGUGGUCUGAGAUUUUCAAGUCAUCAAUCUAUAACGAAAACGCAAAGGCACCAAGGUCUUAAGUUUGAUUUAUUCUGCCACAGUGGAACUUCUGUAACAUAUACUGUUUAUGUUUUUACAGUUUGGCAUAACUCACCUCUCCAGAUCCUUAACUUUCUAGAGACUAGUAAGAAUGUGUGUAGAGAAACUGUAACGAGGAGCUGGGUGAUAUGCAUAUGCAGACUUGUUGAAGCAUCGAAGGAGCAAUUUGUAGAGCAACUAGUAAGAAUGAUACAUUCGCUGUAUCAUUUUGUAAAACAAUUUUAUAAGGUCCCAAGUGGUCAGUUUGCAUAGUAUGGCUAGCAGCUCAUGACCUCAUGUAUGAUGGGGACAAUGUAUAAUUUGUAAAAAGAAUUUUAUAGGUCCCCAAUCGUCAUUUUAUAGGUCCCAAAUGUAUGAUCCAGGUUGUCUUGCUGGGUUUA